GUUAAUGCUUUGUCAUGGUAAUAUAUUUGUUUUGUGUUUUUUUUGUUUGACGUUCGUACAGGGGCGGUUUAGUUUCAAAAGAAUGGCGGACGAAAACGAGAACUCUGCCGCAUCAGUUCAAGACUGCUGGAAAGCAAUGCAACAUGGAUCCAGAAUGAUCAAACUGGAUGUAAACAGAAAAGGUCAUCACAAGAAAACCUUUGUUCUUGACGCAGAUAUGGCAGGAAUUAGAUACGAACCUUCAAAGAAGAACUCAAGAUUCGAGAUUGCCAAAAUGACAGAUGUAUUGUCUGGGGACAGUGUGAGAGACCUUUUCCAGGGAUUCUUGAAAAAGCACUCGCUAGACAGAUGUAUAUCCAUUAAAUUUGGUCAAAAUGGCAACGGCGCAGCUCUAAACAUGGUGGCUGAGUCGAGUGAAGUGGCCGACUAUUGGGUGAGAGGACUUCGGAAGCUUAUAAUUAAUAAAGAUAACCUCGAGAAGGAGGACAAAGAGCAGCGAGCUCAGUGGCUUGUGGAAGCGUUUGAGAAAUUCGACAAGAAUAAAGAUGGCUCCUUAGGACUCAAAGAAAUCCAGAGAUUAGUGGAAGCUUUGAACGUGAAAAUGAGCCCUGGACAAGUGAAAAAGAAAUUUAAGGAGGUGAACACGGAUGGCGAUGCGGCCCUGGAUAAAGAUGAGUUUGCCGCGUUCUUUAAAACGAUAUCGACAAGAAAGGAGAUUGUGAACCUAAUGAAGCAGUAUUCAUCAAACGGAGCGCACAUGACAGCGGAAGAUUUCCAAUCCUUUUUGGUCUCAGAUCAAGAGGUAAGCUGGCCUGAAUGUGUGGAGGUGAACACGGAUGGCGAUGCGGCCCUGGAUAAAGAUGAGUUUGCCGCGUUCUUUAAAACGAUAUCGACAAGAAAGGAGAUUGUGAACCUAAUGAAGCAGUAUUCAUCAAACGGAGCGCACAUGACAGCGGAAGAUUUCCAAUCCUUUUUGGUCUCAGAUCAAGAGAUGCAUGGCGUGAGCAAGGAGUAUUGCCUGGAAAUGAUUCUGUCCCACGAACCAACAGAAACUGGGAAGAAGAGACAUGAAUUGGGAAUCGAUGGUUUAACGAGCUACCUAAGAUCACCGGAAGGCGACAUCUUCAAUCCUGCCCACGACGAAAUUUACCAAGAUAUGUCCCAUCCAAUGACGCACUAUUUCAUCGCCUCAUCGCAUAACACUUAUCUUUUACAAGAUCAGCUGCGCGGUCCUUCUAGUGUAGACGCUUACAUAAACGCGCUGAAAAAUGGAUGCCGCUGUGUGGAACUGGACUGCUGGGACGGGGAAUCCGGAGAGCCAAUUGUUUAUCAUGGUCACACGCUCACGUCUAAAAUCUUCUUCAAGGAUGUCAUCGAGGCUAUAAACAAACAUGCGUUUGAAGUUUCGGAGUAUCCAGUUAUUCUUUCCCUUGAAAACCACUGCUCUCUUCCAAAUCAACAGAAAAUGGCUCAAUUACUUGAGGAAAUACUGGGAGAUGUACUGUACAAAGUUCCGGUGGAUUCAGAAUUCACUACAUUUCCAUCUCCGGAGUUCUUUAAGAACAGGAUUCUUAUCAAGGUAUACUAUUACUUAAUGCUUAAGUGUUCACUUACGCGUAAAGCUGUAUGUCUUGGAAAUGAUUGCCAGCACCCUCUAUUCCCCCUUUCAAUGUUGGGAAAUGGUACUGAACGUGUGUUAGGUGGAAGUAUUUUAUCAACAUUGCACAAAUCUGUGGAGGAAAAAAUUCUUAAAUUGUUAAACUUUUGUAUAAUAAAAUACCCUCGGAUUUCUUUAAAUUUCAUAACUGUAGUUAAUUUUUUAAUAGCUGGUUCAUCGUGUUUUAUUACAUGUGUUUACCAGGAAACCAUUCGUAGAUCAUUUCGUGCAGUUGGCAAAGUGGUGCGAAGCGCUGGUAAAUUUAAAGAAGAAACAGAUGAGGAAAAAGGUACAAAGAAAAAGACGAAGCAAAAGCUGGCCAAAGAGCUCUCUCGCUGUGUGAACUACGUCUCCAGUGUCGGGUUCAAAGGCUUUGAACACGCAAAACAAAACUACAAAUUUCAUGAGAUGUCGUCCUUUGUGGAAUCCAAAAUGAUGAACUUGGCGAACACACAAGGAGCAGAGUAUGUAGAAUACAACAAAAGACAGCUGAGCCGAAUCUACCCGGCCGGCGGGAGAGUGGACUCCAGUAACUACAAUCCUCAACAGGCGUGGAAUGCAGGAUGUCAGAUAGUUGCUCUCAACUACCAAACGGAUUCUGAACCCAUGCAUUUGAACCAAGGAAAGUUCAGAACAAACGGACGAGCGGGGUACAUUUUGAAACCAAAGCACCUACGAGACCCUUCCUUAAAGUUUAACCCUCAUACCAAGACGGAAAUCCCCGGUGUGGAAAAGGUGUCAUUAUCUAUUAAGGUCAUUUCUGGUCAGCAACUUCCAAAACCUACACAGAGUGAAAAAGGCGAGAUUAUUGAUCCUUAUGUUAAAGUUGAUUUUCAUGGUAUACCAGCGGAUACCUCUUCCUUUAAAACAAAGGUCGUUAAAGACAACGGUUUUAACCCAGUGUGGGACGAAAAGUUUGUUAAGGUUCUACUUAUGCCAGAGCUGGUUAUGAUAAGAUUUGCGGUCUUUGACGAGGAUGUUGGAAUUGUAGACGAUUUUAUUGGGCAAUUUGCGUUGCCCUACACCAGUUUAAGACCAGGAUACAGACAUAUCCAUUUGCUGAAUAACAAAGGAGAAGCGUUAGGGUACGCAAGCCUCUUCGUUCAUAUCGAGAUCAACAGCGCAAGCAAACCCCCCAAGAAUGAACGGUCUUCGUUUGAGGAGGCGGCUUCGCCGAGGAUUUCAACAUCCUCCUAGAUGAUGGUCAAGUUUCUCGUUUCCAUAAGGUCCUGAGGUUUCUUUUGCUACAGGUGUUUAAAUUCGGGGCUUUUAAGUGAUUGUUGAAUCACUAUGGUAAUAAUUAAGUUCACAGCUACAGUUCACCUGCAGUAAACAGGCGUCUUUUGUCUGAGCGAUCAAUUCUUCCUACUGCCACGUCGAGAAAUGCCCGAAAUACGCUCCCAAAAAUUUCAUUCCGAUGACGUAGCUCCGUAAUGUGCUCUGGGUGAGGAGGGUGGGGGAGGGAGUUGCCAUGUUAAGUGACAGGGGUGGGACAACUACCAUCGUACGUUAGACUUUCCCAGUUCCUAUAGAUGAUUGGAUUGUAACCUCUUAGAUUCGGCUUAGGAGUGAAAUGAAUUCGCGCCACUGCCACAAAACACGAUUCUGGUGCCUUUAAAAACUGCCCACGAUCAUUUCCGCCACUUUAUAUGGGAAUUCCCCCCACCCCUCUCUCUCAAAACCCCCGCUGGGAUGUACUGUCUCAGAAUGUUAUUGUUUUUGUUUUUUUGAGUCUCGAACUGCCUUUCUUGGUAAUAAGCAAGAGAUGGGGUAGCAAGACCCCCUGUGCUCAAAAGAUAAGAUAGCUUUUGCAAAGGGUUAUCCUUGUGCUCGACGCUUUCUGGGUUUGUCACGUUUGUGGGUGGGAAAAUAUUGUGUGACGAGUUUCGUUGAAGAAUUGCGUGACUAGUCCAAGGCCUAAGUUGUUUAAUAGUUUGCUCUGUCUUGUUUAUACUUGAUUAAGGUUAAUUGAAGGUUGCUUUAUAUAAGGCAGUCUCAACAAUAAUUCUCUUGAAAAGAAAACAUUGAAAAUGAUGAUUGAGGAAAACCGGUUCUAUCAUUGAGUAAAAAAUUAUACUGUUUAUUUACUGUCUUAUAUUCAGGAUUAACCUAGUUAAAUGGAACGUUAGUUACCUAAAAUAAUUAAUUGACGAAAUUGUAUUUCUACGACCCGCUCUUGGUGGUAAAUAUUAUCUUUUUUGGGCGGGGUGUUACAUGUGUGAAAUUUAUGGAAAAAAAAAAAAAAACAGACAAGAAGAAGAAUUAUUUCGUUGCGGAUAAAGGAAGUUUCAGGCCGCAGUUUUGUUAUAAGGGCAAAUUGAGACCCACAAUGAAAUGAAGUGUAAAUGCAAUUUUUGACUUUAACAAUCAAAGAUAUAUAUACCAUUGGUUCUUUGCGGGCUUUGACAAUUGGAGAACUUUUUUAACAACUUACAAGAAAACAGUUAAAAAAUUGUUUGAGAACUUUUGUAACGUACUGUAGCCAGUCAUAUAUAUAAAAAAGUAUUUUUUCUGAAGCCAAUCAGAUGAGAUCUUAAGCGAAACCAGGAGCCCAUCAUGGGCUCCUGGCGAAACCCAGAAAUCCUUGAGGUGUGCGGGAGAGUUUUCACGCGCUUUCAAGAAGUUACACGUUUUCCCGCGCUUGCCGCCAGUUACACGUUUUCCCGCGCAAAGUUACCAUUACUAAGAAGGUUUUACUCGCGGUUGCCAAUGGUUACAGGUUUUUCCUUGAGCUCUGAUUGGUUUAUGCACCUAUUGUUGCUAAAGUGUUUGGCUUUGAGAUUACAAUGUUAAGUCAGAGCCCCUUCAAACAAAUUUUGGUAGAAAUUCUUCGCAUGGACAGAUAUAAUUAAGACUAAGAAUUUAAAAAGUAAUAUAAUUAUGAGUGUUAAAAUUAACGCGUACAUGUAUUUAGAAUUGGAGGUAUUUCUGAAUUAAAUGCAUGCUUUUAAACUGCUAUCAUAAUAGAAGUCCAUGAAUUUUUUUAUCGUAAUUCUAGAAAGAUCGUUUGCUUUAUCUGUGAAUAUACAACGCCCCAAACUACAAAAGGCUGCUUUUUAAAAAAUAAUAUUUGCUAGGCUUGCCUGUUAAGGUAUAACAGCGCAAAAUUCAAGAUGUAGAUUCAUGCAUUGAUUGUUAUGUUCCCGCAAUCACGCAUAGUUUGUUUAUCGAGCUAUCCCAUUCCCCUGAGUAACAGAGCUAUGCCUACCCAGCCACCCACUACAAGUUUUAUUGGAAUAAUCUGCGCGCUGGAGAAUUUGAAUUUAAUAAGUUAAAAUAAAAUUUUUCUCAAUCGCU